GGACCUCUUUACUCCCUCCAGGGGCAGGGUAAAAAAAGUUGUAGUAGCGAUACACAGAUAGAUAGAUACUUUAUUGAUCCCGCAAGGUAAAUUAUUAUGUUACAGCAGCAAGAAGCAAGAAAAUAGUACAACAGUAAUAGUGAUAGUUUGUGCUUAUUUAUGAAUGUGAUUUUCAAAUGAAGUAGGGGGCAGUAGUGUAUUAGCUCGGAUGGCGGUUAUUCAGCCGAAGAAGAAGAAACAACUCCUCUAGCUUUUAGCAACUCGAAGCAGCUAGGUCAAUGUUAGCAAGGUAACACCAAUGGGUGUUCUCUCUUUUGGAUAUUGUUUCCAAUUGCAGAUUUGACAUGGGCAAGAGAGACAAUCGAGUGGCUUACAUUAACCCCAUUGCUGCUGCACGAGCCAGGGGGCCGGUACAGAACUCCGGACCAACCAUUCAGGAUUAUUUAAGCAGACCUCGACCAACAUGGGAAGAGCUAAAGGAGCAGCUGGAGAAGAAGAAAAAGGGCUCUCGAGCCCUGGCUGACUUUGAGGACAAAAUGAAUGAGAGAUGGAAGAAAGAACUUGCAAAAAACAGAGAAAAAAUGCUGGGUGGAAGUGAAAAGGACAAAGAGAAAGAGGAGAAGAAAGACAAAAAAGAGGUAUGA